UUGUUACCUGCUGUCGCUCAGGCCAUUACCAUCCAGGUGCCGAGGAGCCCUAUCACGGCACCGGUUCAGGGAAGGGCUCUUUUCUCCGUGGACAUCACAUGCACCGGGACUCCAGCGAUCAGAUGGAUCUUCAGUUCUGUGAGCAAACAGCAAAGCAUCGCAGCCUGGAUGCUCGGAGGCGCUGCAAACGUCACGAAAAUGUACGAGGGAAGAGUGCAAACUCAUCCCAACGGCUCGCUAACCAUAACCGACCUACGUCUACAAGACUCUGGCUAUUACACCAUCACUGUGACUGAACCGUCUGGAAACAGCAAGGACGUGUGUAUGGUGUUGAGUGUAACUGAGGUGCUGUAUGACGACAUUCAGUACUUUAUCGUGUUCAUCGUUGUGUUGGGGACGCUGGCUGCAUUUCUGAUGCUGUGCAUGUGGCUCUUGAAUAAACUACACAACUUCAUAAAGGCCUGGAGACAACGGAGAUGCUUACCAGAGCACAAUGAGACUGAACUGCAGCCACUGUGACAGAAACACUGAUUAGUGAUUGACCAGAUGAGCGUUUCCCUCUACAGAGUGCAGAUCAACAGACCGACAGCAACACCAACUCUCUUGAGCGCCAGACAAUCAACAGGACAAUCAUACUUAUGCAUGUGUUAUUAUACUUAUAAAGGGUCAAAGGACAUCCUCUCAAGUACCAGAUGGUGGAAAUUUUAUGAAUGUUCUUUGUGUUAUUUUUAAUGGAUGAAUGUUUUUAAAAAUCAUUGGAUAUUGCAGGGGCAAAUUUCCAUUUGUGGUUCAGGUACCAAUCCUAGCGAAAUUCCUGUUAUGUUAUUUAGUGUCCAAACGUCUCUUAUGAAACAAAAAGAUUUGAAUGUGGCUCAGUGUCAUGAUUGCUAAAUAGUAAUAUCUAACAAACAGCAUAUUUAAUUUUUUUUUUUCCCAGAUUUUUUGGAUAAGACAUGUCUGAUCUUUUCGAUUGUAAAGGUUCAAAAUACAUAUCUUUGCAUAAUGAUGAUUACCUGCACUUGUUGUUCUCAUUAAACGUAGUUUGUCUUUAGAUUUUCCAGUGUAUAGAAGGAUUGCUUUCUUCUGUUUGUACAAAUG